CCAGAGGUGGCACGGGAGGUGACAUGAGAGGUGACACAAGAGGUGACACCAGAGGUGGCACGGGAGGUGACAUGAGAGGUGACACGAGAGGUGGCACGGGAGGUGACAUGAGAGGUGACACGAGAGGUGGCACGGGAGGUGGCACAAGAAGUGGCACGAGAGGUGACACCAGAGGUGGCAUGGGAGGUGGCACGAGAGGUGACGCCAGAGGUGGCACGGGAGGUGGCCACGGCACGCCAGGAGCGCCGCAGCCUCGCUGGGGAGGCACGAGGACGCUGCGGUGUCCCCCGCCGCGCCGCGCCGCUGGCACUGCGGCGGCCGUCGCGCUGCCACGCGGGGAAGCCGCGGGACACUUCGACAUGUGGCGGGACUACCUGGGGCUGGCGGCCGUGGUGGCCGUGCUGCUCCGCCAGCCUGCGGGCCUCGGGGACAUCUCGGGGUCACUGGGAGCUCUGGCUCCGUCUGCCAGGCCAGCUCCACGUGCAGGGCCAGCUCCACGUGUGGGACCUGCUCCAUGUGCCGUGACAUCUCCACAUGUGGGACCUGCUCCGUGUGCUGAACCAGCUCCGUGUGCCGUGCCAGCUCUGUGUGCCGGGCCAGCUCCACAUGCAGGGCCAGCUCCAUGUGUGGGACCAGCUCCGUGUGCCGGGCCAGCUCCGUGUGCUGAACCAGCUCCACAUGCUGGGCCAUAUCCACAUGUGGGACCAGCUCCGUGUGCCAUGCCAUCUCCACAUGUGGGACCAGCUCCAUGUGCCAAACCAGCUCUGUGUGCUGAACCAGCUCUGUGUGCCGUGACAUCUCCACAUGUGGGACCUGCUCCGUGUGCUGAACCAGCUCUGUGUGCUGAAUCAGUUCCAUGUGCCGGGCCAUCUCCACAUGUGGGACCAGCUCUGUGUGCCGAACCAGCUCCACAUGUGGGACCAGCUCUGUGUGCCGAACCAGCUCUGUGUGCCGAACCAGCUCCAUGUGCCGGGCCAUAUCCACAUGUGGGACCAGCUCUGUGUGCCAUGCCAGCUCCACAUGUGGGACCAGCUCCAUGUGCUAGACCAGCUCCGUGUGCCGAACCAGCUCCACGUGCCGGGCCACCUCCCCCUGUGGGACGCCCUGCGUGCUCGUUCUGCCAGCACAACGGCGAGGCCCCGGGCGUGUACCAGAGCCACAGCCUGCGGGAUGCCCGGGGCCGGCUGCAGUGCCCGGUGCUGCGCAGCUACGUGUGUCCCCAGUGCGGCGCCACGCAGGACCAGGCCCACACGCGCCGCUUCUGCCCCCGCACGCACCGCGGCUACACGUCCGUCUACGCGCGCCCCGCGCCCGCCGGCGGCGCCAGGAGGAGGCCGAGGGACGCCAGCAUGUAGCCGAGGGACGGAGCAGCCUGUGUCGCCGCGCAGGAACUUCCCCAGAGGAUGAGACCACGGCUUGGAGCUCCACUGGGACCAGUCUUGGAGCUCCACUGGGACCAGUUUGCCCAGUUUGUGCCGCCUCCCGACGCCGUGGCACCCGCAGGAGUCGUGGCACCCCAGA